UCAGCCUAUAAUAUUUGAACCCAAUCCGUCGACUGGUAUCUGAGUUAUUGCCUGGACAUACAAACAAAUGAACGAAUGGAUGGACAGAUGGACGGAUGGUGGGGUGGACCGACGUUCGGUGGGAUGAAUGUUGCAAUCCUUGACCUCUAGUCUAGACUAUUGUAAACCAAAACAUGGACAAUUAAAGAACAGAGAAGUAACCAUGGCUGAUAGUGCUAGCAUCUCUUCCAAUGUGCAGAUCAGGCAGCUGCCCCUGACUUGGAUAAGAAAGAUGCUUACUACAAAUGUAUGCUUUGAUCAUGAUAAAGAUGGCGUUGUUGGACGUGAAGAUCAUAUGCACAAUGCAGAUGAAUUUGUGAGAGCAGGUAACUUGACGGGGGAGGCAAGAGAUGGCAUAUACAAGCUCUAUCAAGAUUACUGUGAUUUAGGGGCUUCACAAGAUCUUCCCAAUUCAUCUUCAAUGUCACUACAACUGAUGACAACUUGGAAGUACAAAGAUAACCCAGAAAUAAUUGAAAAGUGGAAGAAUUCUUCCAAAACAUUUUUCCAGGUACUAUGCAAGGACGUCCCUGGUUUCAUGACGUUUGAUAACUACAUGAUAUUUUGGAAUGUGUGGGGCCUUGAUAAAAGAUUUGCAAGAAUGCAGUUUGACUACAUGGAUACAAAUAAUGAUGGACUGAUAAGUCGGGAAGAAUUUGUAAAUGCAUAUUUGGACUAUGUUUCCAAUCCAGAUGAAAAUACUCCCAACCGCUUUUUUGGACCUCUCAUAAACUACUAACAUGUCUUGUUCUCUCUCACGUCCUGAAUUUGAUAUUGAAAAACAAAAAAUACAGUAACACAUGUAAGACUGAGGCCAUAAUUAUCAGCAUGCCCAUCUAGCAACAACAUUAUAACCUAUCAUAUAACAUAAUGUUAAAGGGUCAUGUAUAACAUGUAGCAAGAUAAGAGUUUACAACUAUGUCUGUUCAUGGACUUUCAAUUGUCAUGUAUGUAUAGUACUAUGAAUCCUUUAAAUGCCAACAGUAAAGUAGUGACUAGUAACCACAUCAAUAUACAUGUUCCCCCAACAAUCAUUAAUAGCAUCUAUGUGCUUAAAGCUUUAAAUAUUCAUUUCUGUAGACAUCUUGCUAUUUAAAGGUUUUAAUUGAGCCAUUGUAGACAAGCAACUGAAUUUUGUUGAGGAUUAAUCAAAAUCUUUCCUAAAAUAGAUAUGUUGUUAAUAAUUUAAAUUUGAGUUAAUACUGUUCUCAGUAUUUAGAAUACAGUACAAUAAAAAUCAGACUAGACCAAAUUAUGACUAGCAACAUGAACAGCAACAUUAAAGCGUAGCAAAUCCCAC